CCCCCCCCCCCAACUGCAGUUGCUGAGCUCUUGUCUUUCACAGAAAGAAAACACACAAGACACAGUGAAAUUUUGUGGGACUCUUUAUGAGUCUCUUUAGGCCCUUCCACUUUCAGCAGAAGAUGGUGUUAUGAUCUUUAAGAUAACAGAUUGUUGAGCAGUGUUUGUUAAUCAAAACAUGGCAUUUUUGUGCCUUUCAUAUUUCUUUUUUCCCCAAAGUACCUUUGUAGCUUACACGGUUGUCCCCAAGUUGGGGUCUAUGCUGAUUAUAACCAGUUUCCUCCAUCUUUGGAUUGACUUGGAUAAUGCUUAUUUCCCUUCCUUGUGGCAGUCCAUUGUAUUUGUAACGCUGUCUGUGCAUAACAUCUAGUAGAGGUAAUUGCAUGUUCGUGGAUCAUGGGAUAGGUUUCCAUCAUUAACCUCACCACAGUUUUCAGUAUUUGUACAGGCACAGAAUGAUGUAUGCGGCUUAGCUUCUAUCACCAUCAACGUUUCCUAGGUGUCUUGUGGAACUUUGUAGCUGUGUUGUUGACAGUCUUGUUUAGUAGACUUUCUUUUCUCUACACUCCCGUGGUCGGGGCAAAGAUAGGAGAUUUGACUUCCAUUUGGUUGUCAGAGCUCUCAAGGGAGACAAGCUUGCUAAUUCUUUUUUCUUCUUCAGACGCAAUAGAAACUAUCUGCAUAAAAUCAUAAUAGUGGAAAGAAUGCAGCUCUAAUUCUUGUAAUGAUCUGAUGGUGAGAAAAAUUGUCGUUAAUUGUUUAUAUAGUUCUGUAUGGGCGUUAUUCAUGCUCUCUCAAUUGGUUAAACAUAGACAGGACACCAGAAGGAAUACGCUUCCUCAUUGGAUAAAAAAUGUGUCUGUUUUUGUCUGCUUAAAGCCCUCCACCCAUGUUCUGUGGUGGGCAGCCAGUUAGUAUGUCAGUGUUGUGUUCAUUACCAGUAAGUGUGCUUGGGAACAAACGGAGGGGUGGGGGGAUGUGACAGUUGCCCUGUUUGGCUCCUCUGUCUAUCUCUGUCUCUCUUGCACACAUGUUGUUCUGCCAGCAUGGUUGGAAUAUCUACAGUGUUGUCCUAGUAUGUUCAGAGACACAGGUUAUUACUGCUUCCACUACUACCAUGGCAUCUACUAAUCAUCAUUAAUUUGACCGUAAUGUGAUUUUUCUUUUUCCAAUUUAUAUUACCCUUGGCUUGUACACAAUUUAAGCUCUCCUGCCAUUUUCGAGUUUUUCUCCGUUGCCACCUGCCCAAAAGCCAUGUCUAUAUUUUGCUUUUCUUCUUAAACCUUCUUGAGUAAUCCUGUCUUUACACAGAUCACAUCAGCUAAUUCCUCCUGUUUCUUUGUUUGUCUGCUUGAGUGGUUUUGUAUUUUAUGCAGUUUUAGUUGUGGUUUACAUCUCCGGCUAACCUUUACACUCGUUUCAUUGGGCUGUUUUUUUCUCAUUCAUUCUGGGGUGUUCUCGUGAGUGCUCGCUGGUCACAGUGGGCUGCAUGGCGCCUUACGACAGUUUGUAACAAAGAGCUUCUGUAGUGUAGACCAUGUAUUGUACUAAUGAGCAGAGUCACUGGUGUUCUGUGUGUUGUGCUAAUGGUCAGGACGUGUAAGACGCUGGGUUGGAGGGGACAUCAGGUAGUUGUAUUGGUUUUCCCCUCUUGGUUGACUUUUCUGCUUGUUACUCUACAUACUCUUUUGUUCAUUAUUAUAAAGAAAAACCCUGGCUGCAGGGAAAUUAUCACCCCCCCAAAAUAUAUAGACAUUUAAAAGAGGAUGGCUUUGAAAAGGAGCUGUUAUUUGCUCAUAUGAUCUUACUUUUCAUCCUGAAAGAUACUUAAAAUUACCAAGUUUUACUCCCGUAUAGUUAAAAUGGUUGCUCUCAGUUUUUGAAGCUGUGCGUGAUACAACAGUGGGAGUUAAUGUCUCUUUUGGAAUUUUGUGAAAGUUGAAUAGAUGGACUAAAUUUAUGGAAUUAAAUGUUUUCUUACCAUAAAUUACAAUUAAGUUAAAGAUUUGAAAAGAAUAAAUCAAUCCAAAUUGAUAUAAUGUUCCACUGAGUCGUGCAUGAUUCUUGUUUACUGGAUUCGUGAUGAUACGGGUUGAAGAAUUAAUGGAAAUACUUGAUAUCUUGAAUCGUUUUUACAGAUUGUUGAGAGAAUCAGCGUGUAAGUUCUUUGUGCACUAAUUGGGUUGCUCUUGUUUAUAUCUCUUUUUGUUCAAGCAGUGAUGGUUUAUAAUGUCCUAUUGUAAAAAAAUUAAUUGCUUUUUAUUCCCUGACGAAAAGUUUGAAAUUUUAAACACAAAGUGUAGAAAUGAUUGAUAAUAAUCAUAAUGGUAAAGAUUUUUUUCCUUUCAAUUUAGAGGCUCCUGUGCUUGACUCUUGAUUUUUUUUUUUCACAGCUCCAAGAUAAAAAAAAAAAAGAUAACUGUUUUGGUUAUGACAUUUAAAAAAGGAGGGUGAUGUGCUAAGAUGGGACUAAAACAUUCUAUGUUUUAAUGGAUAUUGACAUUUUUGUGUUGGGUUACGAGAUCAUUUAUGAUAAAGAUUUGUAUUGUGUGAUGCUCCCAGUUUUCCCCUUCCUUGACUUUGAUGCAGUUCCUGUUGUUGUUGUUGUUGUUGUUGUUGUUGUUGUUGUUGUUGCUGUGUUCAUUCUACUGAUCAGUACUAUGACUUGUCCUUUGUACUGAAAAUGAACUUAGUAAAUCUGGCUUAAGAUAUGUUGUUGUCUUAAUUGAAACACUUUAACUGCUCUUUUGUUACUACACCGUGAAAAAGAAGUCAGGAAGACUGGAAAGACUUGUGUUUCCACGUACAAUGUGAAUUAAGAUGAAGAAAGCGUUAGUAGACAUGAGGGGGAAGUAAAACCAAUAGCUUCUGACCUUAAUACUGGCCAAGAAGUUUGGUGGAAUGUGAGCUUGGUGCUUGUUUGGAUGGCUUGUCCGGGUGGUGUUCUACUUGUACCAAUCUCUGGCUUUGUUUCAUCAUUAUAUCCUGUACACCUGUGAGCUAUCAUGUGUGUCUAUGUCCAUUGUUGUUGUCAGUGUGGAGCCAUCUUGAGUCCAGUUGGAAUCAGAGUGAGGUCUCAUACAGUUUUUGCCUGUGGAGUUGUGUAAAUUACUAUUGUCACGGCAUGGAGGACUUGCUUCUCGCAUAUUUUGUCACUCAGUGAAUGCUUAGCCCAGCAGACACUGGCAAACUGAUUUUUGCAAUAUUAUUAUUAUGCUUUGUGGCUUUAAGGUGGACUCUUGUGUUUGAGACUAUAUAUAUAUAUAACAAACAGUCAGCAAUUCUGAGCAUGCUUGUUUUGGUUCCUAUGCCCACCUCUCGCCCUGUCAUCUGACUCUCUCUCUCUCUUGCAGAAUGUCUUAACAGGGUAUCAGUUUGUACAUUUGUAUGCCACUUCCUUUUAUUUACCUCUCUCUUUCCCUUUCUCUCAUUUUUAUUUGUUUUUAUUUUUAUUUUUUUGGGGACACCUGUGAAAUCUGGGAUCAGAACAGCUCUUAAAAAGUUUGAAAUACCAAAGUUUGUCUCAUCCCCUCCCCCCCCUCCCCCAUAGAAAUGACUUUGAAAGCAAAACCAUGACUAUUUUUUCCGUUCCUUUUAAUGGUGAAAUUUGUCCUGUGCAAGUCUGAUGUUUAAAUGUAAUGGUAGUGGUGUGGCUUCUGCUGCUGUUGUAACAUACCUCUGAGAGUUCUGAUCCCUGAUGGAACUGAUAUCAAACCAUUGGAGAAGCUACCCUUGUUGGGAGGCUCAAGUCCCUCACCCAUUGUUCCUUGGUGUUCUUUUCAAACACAGUAUUUGACAUUCUCCUUAUUUUUCAUGUAAACUAUACUUUUUUUUCCCCCCUUUUAGAACUGUUGGAACGGACUUGUGUUUGAAAUGGAUAUCGGGGAAAAGGAGGGAGUGUGGCUGGGCCUCUCAAAAACGGCAGCGCCAACACCAGCCCUGAGACUGCGGCUGCUGGAAAUGCAUCGACCAGUGGAGCGAGCGAGCAGAAGGAUGGUGUCGUGGAGACGCCGACAUCUUCAGAGGAAGCCAAUUCCAGCCCAGCUGCUGACAACAAGCCCGUGGCCAAGGAGACGGACAUGGAGGCGACGUCUGCUGGAGCUGGCCCUAGCGUUGACCUGACGGAUGGCGCAAGUGCCGGAACCUCUGGGUCGGAAUCCUCUAGUGCUGGGAAAAGCUCUACACCCACCAAGACUAAUGCCUUGAAAGCUGUGCAAUCAAAAGUGCACUCACCUGCUAAGGGCUCCUCCAAGUCGGAGGCCAAGAUAACCAUCAAGACUCCCACGACCACGGUGAAGACCCCGACGAGGUCAAUGACCAGGUCUCAGGCUGCCAAGCUGGGCUCCACCACCAAGUCAACGGAGUCUGUGGUGAAGGCUUCCCCUGCCUCAGAGGUUACGAAGCCUUCGACACCAAGCAAAUCGGACAGAGCCUCAAAGGAUUUGCCUGUGUCCACUGCUCCUUCAUCAUCAACGUCAUCGUCUUCAUCUGCUACACAAUCAUCCUCGUCUAGCCAGACAGGGGCAAAGGAAGACAAACCACUAGAUGUUUCAUCAGUACCACUGCCUGGGGCUCAGUUUGCCGAGUCAGCUUUGCACCAGAUGGACAUGUCGGAGAUCCAGAUCCCCCCACCCAUCAAGACAGAAGAUGUUCCUCUUCCCCCUGGGAGCCCCAAAGUUUUGGCCUCAGACAGUCGCAUGGAAGAUACGAACAUUGUUGAAGAUCUCAAUGACAUUCUGUUGCCGACUGAGCCACCCCCACAAGGCAAAAGCGCCAAGGAAGUCAGCAUGGAGUUGGGCAAGAGCAAUGUGUGCUUCUCCUUCAGUAAAACCACCAGUAAAAUAUCUGUCACAUCAGCCUUCAACCAGGAGGAGCCAGAAACAGCCGAGGAGCCACCGCCCAGACCUCUUACACUCAUGGAUAGCAUCGAGGAGGAGAAACGAGUCAUGAACUUGGCUGGGGCUGGUGAUGCCGGUGUGGCCAGUGAAGAGUUGCCCUCGUCAUCGUCCACCGCUGCACCAUCUGCGGCAAUGCCUGGUGCAGAGUCUAGCAGUGCCAGCAGUGGGAACCCUCGCCUGCUGGAGACCUUUGUCAAAGUCAAACUGGCCAAAGAGCCACACAAUGAAAUUGACUGGCCUGUAGAAACGAUCAAGUACACAAAGUCCCUCCCAUCCAUUCACUACAGCUGCAAUCCUCUACAGUUCAAUUUCAAAGACAUCUGUAAGGUGGGAGGUAGCCAGGAGGAGACUGCUGAGUCUGCAGGGGCCAGCGCUGUGAAGCCUGUGGAGGAGAAGGAGAAACAGGAGGCGGCCAAGUCGGACAAAGCUGGCAAGGCCAGGAGGAAACACUCCCACAAGAAGAGAAAGAGGAAGAAGGGAUCGAAACGUAAAGAAGACGGGAAGCCUGGAGAAAAGGAAGGCGAGGAAAAGCCUGAGGGUGCUGCGGAGGCUGGAGAACAGUCCCAACAGGAGAAGACUGGGGAGAAGAAAAAGAAGAAAAAGCGGAGGAAGAGAAGGCACAAGAGUAAAAAGGAGAAUGCUGAAGGAGGAGAAGAAGGGAAAGAAGUUGAAGGUGAGGGUGGCGUUGAGAAAAAAGACAAAAAGAAAGUGAAGCGGAAGCGAAGUCACAGCAAGAAAGGUGAAACUGCUCCUGAUGGGAGCAAGGAAGGAGAAGAAAAGGAAGGAGAGAAAGAGGGUUUGCAGAAUGGAGAGAAGGAGAAAAGUAAAGGUCAUAGUUCCCGUAAACAUGUGAAGAAACACAAGCGAAAGCACCGUCGUCCAGGCUCCUCCCGCUCGGACAAGGGGAAAGCAGCGGGUACCAAAGGUGAAGGGGCGGUAGACUAUGUAAAUGCCAAGGAACCCAAAGUGAAGAUUGACUACAAUGAUGAAGAGGAGACACAGGUUGCCUCAGAAACGGAGCGAGAGCCCACUGGAGAGCCAAAGAUCAAGCGAUUCCGCAGGUCUAAGAAAAGACAUCGGCGAAGUUCUGGUCAUGAGACUUCCCUCACAGACACAGCUGUUAAACUAGAAGUCACAAGCAAAGAUGAUUUGAACAUCACGUUCAAGACCCACCGGAAGUCCCUGGACCAGGAAAAGAAAGCUGGGGACUCCCUGAAAGCUCAAACCAAAGAUUUAAUCCUCAAAGAUGUUGGUAGUAUUAAAACAGAAGAAACACAAGAGGGGAAACUGGUGAACGGGGAAGUGUCAGUGAAUCGUAAGCGUCUGUCGAGCUUGUCUGGGGGUGAGGGGGUUACCCCGUCCAAGACAGGGAAAUUGGAAAAGAUUGAGGUUCAGGAAGACACGUGGAGCAAGAUGGAAGGUCUGUAUGAGAAGAAGGAGGAGGUGGAGGGGACCAAGAGUAAAUGGGACACCAGUGACAGCGAGGCUGAGGAUGUACUCACCAAGACUCUCACUCCCAAUGGGCCGGCAGCCCUCUCCGACGAGGACAAAUCUGAAAGGAAAGAAGCGAAGCUCGUUAACGGCAAGAUCCCAUUGGGGAAGACGUUGCUUGCUCCCAACAGUUUACUGGGCGCUCCACCAACCAAACACAGCGGACAGCAGCAGGGCCCACAGAGCCAUGCACACCAGAAUAGUAACGGACCCGAGCAGAGCAAGUCCAAGAAUGACAAGGCCGAUUCUCAUGCAGCAGAUGCGGCCAGCAAAGAGGGAUCCAAUUCCAAGUCGCAGAGGGACUCGAGAAGUCAUAAGCGCAGCAGCCGGAGGUCAUAUAGCUCCUCGGAUCUCACCUCCCGGUCCAGAUCUCGCUCCCGAUCACCGUAUUCCUCAGGCUCGUACCGUAGCUACUCGGACGACUCUCGGUACAGCGACGGGUCCUCGUCCCAGUCUCGCUCUCACAGCCGCUCGUCCCGCAGUUACAGCCGCAGCCGCUCCCGCUACCGCCACCACCACCGACGCCGCUCCUCCUCCAGCCGACGACGCAGCCAUAGCUACAGCAGCAGGUCCUCCUCCAGCCGCUCGCGCAGCCGCUCCUACAGCAGGUCGCGCAGCUACACCCGUUCUCGCUCCAGGGCCCGUGUAAGGAGGAGCAGCGACUCGCGCAGUCCCAGCUCGCGACGCCACCACAAGCUGAGGAAGAGGAUCAAGUCGCCCGUCCUGCCGGCUUCUGUCACCACCAUCACGGUGGCUCCCGUCACAGGAAGUACUGGACCGGGAAAGGGCAGCGGAGGGAACCCACCUGACGAUAUACCUCUACCGGGUAAGGAGCCUCCCGCUGCUGCGGCCACUACUCAGGCCGAGGGGGAGAAGAAAGACCAGGCGGGGCUCAUAGAUAUCCCACUGCCCACUGCCGGCGACAAGACGAAAGCUGAGGGGAAAGAUGGGGCGGGUGCUGGGAGCGCUACGACAACCACCAGCACCUCGGCGGGUGUGGGCCCUGCCAGCACUGUGGCCGAGGACAAGGUGGCCAGCACGUCGAGUGCUACUCCUGCUGUGGCCUCAGCUGCUGCCGCGGCUGUGCCUGGCUCAGAGGGGACCAGUGGCCUCCCCCAGCCCCAGCCGCUCAUGGCCGGGGAGCACCUCGGGGAGAUGAUGGGCCUGCACCACGGGGGGGACCCCGCUGCCUACGAUGGCCAGAACUACAGCCACAUGUACCAGUCUGCCCACGACCCAUCCUUUUGCGAGGACACGGGCUACGAGAGCUUUGAGUUUGACGGCUCUGGGGAGUAUGAGCAAGGCUACGAGGACGCCCAAGAGGACUACGACUACGGCCAUGACCCCUACCACCACCCCCCACUCAGGCACCCGGGACCUCACCUGCCCAGCAUGCAUCACCCAAGGGGACCACCGCCGCCUGGCUACCGCGGGCCCCCGCCCCGGAUGUUCCCGCCUCAUGACCCCCGUUUUGGACCUCCCCGCCCUGGCAUGGGACCUCCACCCAGAAUGGGACCCAAUGGUCCUAUGGGUCCACGUGGCCCCAGACCUCCCAUGGGUCCAGGUGGGCCGAUGGGACCUCCAGGCAUGAGAGGCCCCCCAAGAGGACCCCCACGAGGCCCCCCAGGACCUAGAGGUCCCCCAGGGAUGCAUGGACCUCGAGGCCCUCCUCGCCCAGGCAUGAUGGGACCUCCUGGUCCAAUGGGUCCCGGUGGCCCGAGAGUGCGGGUAGGCCCCCCGAUGCGCAUGGGCCCUCCCAUGCCUGGUCAAGGGCCGCCUACCAGAUCCCGCAUGGGUCCCCUACCCCCUAUGUCUGGCCCCAUGUCACGAGACGGCCAGUACCCCCCUCCCCGUCACGGCAUGUACCCCCCUCACCAGCGACCAGGCAUGCCCCCUAACUACAGGAACGCGGUUCCCAAUUUCAGUCAGCCCCCUCCCAACUUCGCCAUCCCCCCACCGGGCAGCACUACCUCGGCCUCCAGCGGUGCCUCCACCACCACCACUUCCUCGGACAGUGCAGGGAAACCCACCGAGUCCAUGGAGCCCCCUCCCCUGCCCCCGCCCAAGCCCCCUACGCCACAGCCACCUCCACCGCCCAAGAAGGAGGAGGAGAAGAAGCCAGAGAUCAAACCCAUGGCACCGCUCAUACCGCCCGAACAGGCGGAACAGUACAGACAGUUGCGCGAGAAAGCAGAGAAGCAUGCCAAGAAGCAACUCCGUCGUCAGGAGCACCAGGCCAAGGGAGAGCCAGAGAGCAGUGACGAGGACGAGGAAGCAGCCAAAAAGAAAGAGGAUGAGGCCAAGCUGGCGGCUGAGCAGAAGGAGAUGGAGGAGGCGGCCCUGCUGGCCGCUCAGGGGGCAGAGGAAGUGGCAGUAGAGGAGGGCGGUACUAUCCUUAUGCCCUCGGCCCAGUCUCCGCUGGUUCAACAGCCAGCUGUGAUAAUCCAGCAGCAGGCGGUGGCCGCCUCGCCCUCCCCCUACGGUUUGGUGUCUGCGGCGCAGCUGGUCCACGCCUCGCACCCGGCUCUGCACGCCGCUCACCCGCACGCUGCUGCUCAUCACCACCAUCUGGCUGCUGCGGCAACCGCUAGUAAUCAACCUCAGCUGGUGCAGCUGCCCAACGGUCAAAUGGCGUACGCCACGCCUUCCUCUAUGCCCCUCCAGGCAGGCGCUCCCAUGAUUGCUGUGCCCCAGGCCAUGGCGGCUUCUCCGGCUCACGUACAGCAGCAUCAUAUGUUGAUGGCCGGCGGGGGCGUGCACGCUGCAGCACACCCUUUACAGAUGGCAGCCCACCACGGUCUGCCAGUGUCCGGCACCCAGUACGUGACCCACAUGAUGGCUGCUCAGGCUCAGGCACAAGCACAGGCCCAGGCCCAGGCUCAGGCCCAGGCUCAAGCUCAAGCUCAGGCACAGGCGCAGGCCCAGGCCCAGGCGCAGGCAGCACAGGCCCAAGCUGCCCAGGUACAGGCAGCUCAGGUGCAGGCCGCCCACGCCCAGGCGGCUCAGGUACAAGCGGCCCAGCUCCAGCCGGCCCACGCUGCCCAGCUCCACGGCUUGGUGCCGGGUGUACACCACAUGGCCCAGCACAUGCUCCCAGCGGCCGCCGCCAUGCAGCCUCACGGGCCCAUCAUUCUGGUGCCCAGAAUAGCGCGGCCACACAUGUAGAGGGACAAGAGAGAUACACAUGAUGGGAGAGAGAGAGAGAGAGAGAGAGAGAGCUGUGGACUUGUCAUACUGGUGGCCUGAAUAGCGAGGCCACACAUGUAGAGGGACAAGAGAGAUACACAUGAUGGGAGAGAGAGAGAGAGAGAGAGAAAGAGCUGUGGACUUGUCAUACUGGUGGCCUGAAUGUCCUGUCUGUGCUUAUACACGUCAGGAUAGAGAAAGUUACAGACCAGCAUACCGAUAUAUCCAGAAGGGUCUGUGCACUUAUGGAGAGGGUCACCACCCUGUGCUGACAGGUGCAGAAAUAACACAGUGGUAACACAUUCGGAGGGAGCUUUUUCUCUUCUGCAAUGGUCUCUGGACUGGCUCUUUUCAGUGGCAAUGGAGUAGUGUGAAUUCCUGAAGCAAGUUGUGGUUAAGUUAGUCCCUUAAAACGAUGUGGCUGUAAUAAAAGACUAUGUGAAAGGCUGGCAAUAGCUGUCUUUUCAAAGUGUGCAGUGGCCUUAAUAACUUUGUAAUGAUCCAAAGACUGGUGAGUAGGAUUUGUAGACUGUGGCCCCUGACCUGUAGCUCUCGGAGGCCUCGGACGUGCGGAUACUACUGGUCCUGUCUGUGUUGGUACACUGCAGCUCUGCUUGUUUUUCAGGAAUGGUCUUUUGAAAUAAAAGCAGCUUGUUUUCUGUGUAUUCGUUGACCACGGGCUUAGUGGCUGCUUGUGCAAAGCGGCUAUUGUAAUUUAUGUGUAUACUUAAGUAUUACAGCACUGCAUUUUAUAGCUAUUGACGUGUGAGAGGACCGGAAAGCACAUGCUGUUUACUGAAUGACGGAGGCUGCUCCUAUCUGCAGGGUUGCAGUGAUAUGCUUCUUCAGGUCUCUCAAUGUGAAAAAAAAAAA